AACUUACUGCGUGUUUUCUCGUUAUCUCCGUUAUCCGGGGUAGUAUGUAGUUUGUGUAAUUUUCGCGGCUGGUGCGUGUUGCAGUGAACGUCUGGCGUGCGCAAGAAAGGGCUAGUUUGCCGGUGACGCGUGCGUUCAACGAAUUAUUUUUCACGCCCCCUAGUAGUAACUGCAUCUAUCGUUUAGAAUUGAAGCGCUCUCUAGUAGGUUUUACCAUAAUUCUAAUGAAAUCUUUUUUCACUCGCACAACCAAUUUGAAAGUAACACUUACGUUCGAUACGUAAUCGUAUAUAUUUUAAAUAUUAUUUUCUUUUUCAUCAUACAAAUUCGCGAUACAACAUGCCACCGCAGUUAGCAAAGAAAAAGCAUGCUAAAUAUUUCCAGAGGUUAUUGCAAAUCAUGCCCAAUUCAUGUUCAGCAGAAUUUGACUGCUCUAGACUUGCUGUAGCGUUUUUUGCUAUAUCAGGAUUAGACAUAUUGAAUUGCUUGAAUGAUCUUAGCGAACAAACUAAAUUAGAGGCAAUAGACUGGAUCUAUAGGCUUCAAGUAACUGGAGCUGGACCACGCUCUGGCUUUCAGCCUUCGACAACAAUACCAAAGGAUGCUCCAAAAUACCAAUGUGGUCAUUUAGCAAUGACAUAUAUUGGAUUAGUUACCCUCUUAAUUCUUGGAGAUGAUUUAAGUCGAGUCGACAGAGAAUCCAUUAUUGAAGGAAUGAGAGCAUGUCAAAAUCCAGAUGGAUCAUUUACAGCUAUUAUAACAGGAUGUGAAAGUGAUAUGAGGUUCCUUUACUGUGCUUGUUGUAUAUCUAUAAUUUUAAAUGAUUGGUCAGGCAUUGACAAGACAAAAGCAAUUGACUACAUUUUAAAGAGCAUUUCAUAUGAUGGAGCAAUGGGCCAAGGACCUGGUCUUGAAUCACAUGGAGGAUCUACAUUUUGUGCUGUAGCUAGCCUAUUUCUCAUGAACGAACUUCAUAAUGUAUUGACAAAUGAUCAAUUAAAUAGACUAAAAAGAUGGUGUCUUAUGAGGCAAGAUAGUGGUUUUCAUGGACGACCCGGAAAGCCUUCUGAUACUUGUUAUAGUUUUUGGGUGGGAGCAACACUACAAAUGCUUGAUAUUAACAAAUUAUCAGAUCCUGAUGAAAAUAGGGCAUUCCUGCUUGAAACUCAAGAUAAUAUUGUGGGAGGAUUUGGAAAAUUUGCUGACUGUCUCCCAGAUCCUCUUCAUACUUACUUAGGUUUAUGUGGUUUAAGCCUCUUAGGAGAAACUGGUUUAUGCGUAAUGAACGCUGCGCUUAACAUCUCUGAUCGAGCGUAUAAACAUUUAUUAAAAAUUCAUGAAGUAUGGUAAUGCAGUUAACAGUCGUAUAAAGUAUUUCCAACUGUAUAUCAUAUCCAACGCACAGAGCUUAAAGUACGAAGGAAAAGUAACAUUUUUGCAUUUUCAUGGAUCCUAUUUGUACAGUUUCCACAGAUUCUCUGUGCCUAGAAUUGUUAUUCCAAAAGCGUCAAUUAACAAAAAUAUUAUGAUUUUGAGGUAUGUUAUCAGUUAUUCUGUUUCAAUUAAGACACUUGUUGAACAUGUAUCCAAAGCACAUAUUGGAAAUAAGAGGAAAAACAAUAGCAUAAUUUAAAUGCAUCUUAAAAUGUCAUUAAGUAUAUACAAGUUUUAAAAAUUCUAAUAAAAACAACAAAAAAAUA